AUGAGCAAGACAUCUCUUGUGCCGUCGGAAGGCGAAGAUAUGGACUCUUUCCACGUUAGGAAUACAUAUGCUCAGCUUGAUGUCAGCGGCGUUAAGGGCGACGGGUAUGAAGAGGGUGUAGAGCGUACAAGGGCACGUAUUGGGGACAGUAGAGCUAGUCAAUUAAACGCCGAAGCUGCUCUCGGUGAUGGAACUGAAAAAACAAAAGAAUUGGACCCGAAGGAAGCUCAACUGCUGGCUGUGGUUGACCGAUAUGGAUUCUUCUCGUCCCCAUCCCAUGAUCGGUUGAUGUUAUUGCCCUCUGCUCCUCUCCUCCGGCAUAUUGGUUUGACACAUGGUGGUCCCAAAAACGCUCCGGUUGCCGGUCCAUCCUUGAAAACUCUCCCUCCACCUCAACAUCCUCUGAAAGAACCUUCACGCAUUGGCAAAUGGGAACGGAUGCUUCGUCCUUCGAAACCUGAUCCAGGUGGUAUACUGGUUUGGAGCAUUCGGUCUACCAAGGAAGCUAAACUAAAUGAGCGUACAUAUAAGGGCAUUCCUGACCGAUGGCGGAACGCGGCUUGGGAAUUGUUAUUAUCACGGUUCACUGCGCAACACUCUCCACCCAGCGACCGCACUCAAAUGUCUUUGGCUAGACUUGCGCAGGAUUAUUAUGACGUCCUGGACAAGCCUUCGAGCUACGACAUUCAAAUUGAUCUGGAUGUGCCGAGGACCAUUAGUGGUCAUGUCAUGUUCAAAACACGAUACGGCGCUGGGCAACGAUCGUUGUUCCAUGUCCUCCAUUGCUUCUCGUUGCGAUGCGAAAAGUGCGGCUAUGUUCAAGGUAUGGGGCCCAUAGCUGCCACCCUUCUCUGUUAUUUCACCCCCGAACAAGUUUAUGCUUCUUUGGUGCGGUUGCAUGGCGCGUAUGGAAUGCACGAUAUCUUCUCUCCCGGGUUUCCUGGUCUCCUAGAGGCGAUAUACGUUCAAGAGCGUAUCCUUGAACAGAUGUUGCCUGACGUCUUUAAAGCAUUCAAAACCCAUAUGAUUUCGACAACAUCUUAUGCUACCAAAUGGUACAUCACUCUAUUUGCGAAUAGUGUCCCUUUUCAGACUCAAUUGAGACUAUGGGACGCGUUUUUUUUGGAUGGAGAGGACGUCUUCAUCACUGUCGCGGUAGCAAUUGUCUGGGUUUUCAGAGAUCAAAUCACGUCUGCUGCCGCCAAUUUUGAGACAAUUCUCUCUCUGCUGUCUUCCUUCUUCGUUCCAGAGGAUGAGAAUAUACUGUUGUCAUGGGUGGAGAAAACGUUAAAUGACAAAAAGCUCAGAUCUAGUAUGGCUCAGUGGAGGAAAGAUUGGCACAAUCUAGUCGCUGCUGGUAAGGAUGGAGACGCUCUGUUAUAG